GCAUGAGAAUGUUUUUGGCAUUUACUUGAAAAACUUCCAAUUUUAUACUCGCCAAAUUCCAGUAUAUAGCAAUCCAUUUCCAGUCUCUCUCUCGCAGCACAGCAGAAAUGAUCUCACUCGUCCGCUUCAAUCCCCUCCCCUCAAAGCCCUACCUCCCUUCUCUCUCUCAUCCCACUCCCUCAAGAAACUCUUCCCUUCUCUCUCUAAAAACCCCUCCAUUUUCCCUCUCAUGGCGUUCAAAACCAAGAAAGAACCCUAAAACCACUAUAUCCAUGUCCUAUGGUACGGUUCCUGCAAUCGAGAGGCUCAUCUCAGCAACCAGUUACCUCCUUCCCUUCUUCAAUGGUUUGCAUUACGGCCGCUACAUCUUCAUGAGAUUUCCAAAGCUCGAAUUGGUUUUCGAGCCGCUGUUUCCAUUGAUCUCAGCUUACAGAUCAGUGCCCUAUGCAAGUUUCGUGGCCUUCUUCGCUCUGUAUCUCGCAGUGGUCAGAAACCCUAAUUUUAGCAGGUAUGUGAGGUUCAAUGCCAUGCAGGCUUUGUUCUUGGAUGUCCUUCUGGUUGUUCCUUUGCUCUUGGAGAGAAUUUUCAGCCCUAGCUCUGGAUUAGGGUUCCGACUUGUGAUUUUAGGUCACAAUUUCAUCUUCAUGCUCCUCGUGUCUUGCUUUGCUUAUUGUGUUGGGUACUGUGUUAUUGGGAGGACGCCUGCUUUGCCCUUUGUUGCUAAAGCAGCAGGGGCUCAGAUUUGAUGGGGAUUUGGUGGUGGUUUCUUGUAAGUUUAAUGGCGAUAUAGGGUUUGGUUUAAGGGGAUAUAAUGGGUUUUAGCUUUUGUAACUUUUUUGGGACUGUAUGUGAUAGUUGAUGAAUGCAUACUUCUUUAGUGUUUAU